AUUGAUUUGUAGACAAUUGCAAUCUUGGGUUUUACUUAGAUUCUGAGUUUUUUUAGUGAAUUUGCAGCACACUCUGAAGUGGGGUUGCCCUGUAAAACAUCACUUGGGUUUCCUAAGUUACCUCUCGGUGAUUGCUUUCUAUUGCACUGAAGAUGUCGUCCCUAAGGAACGCCAUUAACAGACGAGCUCACAAGGAGAGAGCUCAACCACAUGCGAGGAGAAAAUUUGGGCUUCUUGAAAAACACAAGGAUUAUGUUGUCCGUGCAAAGGCAUACCACAAGAAGGAGGAGACUUUACUGAAACUCAGGGAGAAAGCUGCGUUUAGGAACCCAGAUGAGUUUUACUUCAAGAUGAUCAAAACAAGAACUGUUGAUGGAGUUCAUAAGCCAGAGAGUCAGGCAAACAAAUACACCCAAGAAGAACUCAUGUUGAUGAAGACCCAAGACAUAGGAUAUAUACUUCAGAAAUUACAAAGCGAGAAAAAGAAAGUUGAGAAGCUAACUGCAAUGCUGCAUUCUCUUGAUAAUCAUCCAUCAAAGAGACACAUUUACUAUGCUGAAGACAGGUCAGCUUUUCCAAAGUUCACCUUUGUAUCUCAUCUCUUGUAUUUUGGAUAUACUGAAAAUGCCAAGUUCUUGCCUCUCGAAAAUUACAGAGCAUCUAUGUAGAUUAUCUUUCACUUUUUUUUUAUUCCUUUUAGUUUUUCAGAUUUUUUGCACGUACCUUCAUUCUGCUGAUUUAAUUGUACAUGAGAUAGAAUUUCACAUAAUUUCUUUCACUUUUUUAUUAAGCUUGUUAUUGUGCAUUUGAUAAUAAUCUCAAUCUUUUUAA